AUGGAAGAGCGCAUCAACGAAGAGGUCAAAAAGACAUUUAAUCCCGAAUUUAUCAACCGUCUGGAUGAAACAGUGAUUUUCAAUCCGCUGGAUCGAAAGGAAAUUAUUCAGAUUGUCGAUAUCGAGCUUGAAAAAAUUCUCGCUCGCGUUGCAGAACGCGAUAUCGAAGUACGCCUCACACAGGGGGCUAAGAGUUUGAUCGCCGAGAAGGGCUAUGAUCCGACGUAUGGCGCGCGGCAUCUGCGACGCGCCAUUCAAAAGAUGAUAGAAGAUCCCCUGGCUGAAGAGAUCAUUAUGGGCCAUUUUGUGGAUGGCUACACGGUUCGGGUGAGCAAAAAAGGCGACACCCUCAACUUUGAGGGGGAGCUUAUCACCAAAGAAGAAUCGGAAGAUACGGCCGAGGUUCAGAUGAGUAAAAAAGGCAACACGCUCAACUUCGCCGAUGAGAACGGAGAGGGCGAUAAAAAAGUUGAGGACCGAGACAAACCGGGAGAUCCUGUCGGCGAAGAGGAAGUGGUGAACAGGGACAAAGCAUGA